GUUUAUUCAGUUAGCCGUACACGCUCGUGGAACGCACUUGGAUAGCUCGCAUAAUUCCCGCUUGUACAUGAUAACCCUGCCUAUUGUACCUUCACCUGUGUUCCGAGUCAAGCAAAUCUAAUCGCAGUGAAAGUGGAUUUCUGAUUAGGCGCCAUCCGAUAGGAACUUCAUAGUCCCCCCUUCGAUUGGAAUUAAACUCUAAUGUUUAGUUGGCCCGCAGUUUUCGUUCUGAUCGAGUGUGAAAUAUAGCUUGCAGCAUGGGCAUCAAGGUCAAGGAGACGACCCCCGAACAAAUCGAGGAGCUGCGCGAAAAGUUCAACAACAAAUAUGCCUCAUCACCUCCAGCAGCACCCUUCCAUCCAACCGAUAUCGAUCGCAUUCGUAAUGAUCACCUUUGGCUACAGAGAUUCCUGGAAAUGCAUGAUCUCGACAUAGAGGCGUCCUUUAACAAAUUGUGGGACACCUGUGUCUGGCGCCAGUCAUAUGGGGCUAAUGAUCUCAACGAGAGCCAGCUGAACCAGGAGUACCUGAAAGAGGGAUCGGUCUUUGUACACAGCACAGAUGUCGAUGGCAAGCCCUUGUUGAUAUUCCGUGUUAAACUGCAUAGUAAAUCCAAGAAUCUGGAUGAGCUGAUUCGCGUCGUGGUUUAUUGGGUGGAAAGAACUCAGAGAGAGCAGCACUUGACCCAACUGACCAUAUUCUUUGACAUGGCGGGCACGGGAUUGGCUACCAUGGAUCUGGACUUUGUGAAACGCAUUGUGGAGACAUUUAAGCAAUACUAUCCUAAUACUCUGAAUUAUAUUUUGGUAUAUGAACUGGCCUGGGUACUAAAUGCUGCUUUUAAGGUCAUCAAAGCCCUGUUGCCACCAAAAGCGGUUGAGAUUUUAAAAAUGAUAUCGAAAAAGGACAUUAGCCAGUACAUAACCAAGGACAACAGCCUGGCCAGCUGGGGUGGCGAGGAUAACUAUGAAUUUAGCUUCGUGCCGGAGGCCAAACAGGUUUCACCCAAACCGGUGGCCGCCAAUGCCGGCGAUGAUGAGCAGUUCGCGGACAAGAAGGUCACCUUUGCCAAUACCGCUCCCCUGGUGCUCAAGGAGUCUAACAUCAACGAGAUGCACACUCCAUCCGAGGGCAUGUUGAACAUCGAUCCAAAGGAGUUUGUCAACUUUAAUGCCAAGAAUGCAGAGGCCACGCUGAACCUCAAGUCGAUUGCCAAGUCAGCUGUGACGUACAAGAUUCAAACCACAUCGCCUGAAAAGUUCCGUGUGCGACCCCGUUGUGGCAUUAUCCAACCUAACCAGUCGGCCUCUAUUAAUAUAUGGCUGAAGUCAGAGCACAAGCUAAGUGAAGAGAGCAAAGACAAGUUCCUGGUGAUGGCCAUGGUGGCGUCGGGUGGUGAAUGCGGUGGCUCUGACGUGGCAGAGAUGUGGCGGAACAAAUCUCCCACUGCUGUGGAUGUGGAGCAGCAUCGUUUGGUAUGUCGUUUCGAAGAAAGUAAGCCUAAAGCGCCACCGGAUUGUCCAUCGAAGACCAGCAAGUCUUGCGUGGACAGCAAGAAGUCGGCUAUUGGUCAUGAUCCGGCAUCGGCGAUGGAACGUCAGUUGGCGUUUACCCAGAACCUGCAAUACGUGACGCUGGCACUGUUAUUGUUGCUCUUUGCCGGCUUCGGAUUUCUGAUGUAUCAGCAAAUGGGACAUUCCUCAACCUGUCCCAAAUCUACGGCGUAUUCGUGCGCCAGGCGCAAAUAAUAUUUACUUUCACCGUGUAAUCUGACCAGGCAGGAGCUAAACGAUGCCGUUCGCAAUAGCCACAAUAACGACCACGACUGCAACUGCACGGAGCUAGAGAACUGCGCAUGUGCUUUUGACUUGAUGGAUUUGGGUCUGGACUGUGCCGAUAUGUUUGACCAAUUCGACGGCGAGUGUCUGAAUGCCCUGAUCAAGACGUAUAUGCAGCUGUGCCGCAGCUGUCAAGGCAACGGCGAUAGGCAGCUGGGCGGUGUUGCGGCUGGCGGUCAUUUACUUGGACUCAUCGCCUUUGCAAGGAAGCUAGUGCGCGUCGUUCUUUCGCUAUCUCUGCUGUGCGGCAUCUUGUUUAUAAGCUUCUACCUGGGCAGCAACUACGGCGGAAAUUCCACCACCAUCACCACCUCCCUAGCCACAGUCGACUCAGGCAGAGGUAAUCGUCAGCCGUGUUACUACUCGUAGUCAAGCCAAAACCCAGACCUAUAUAAGACAGGGUGGUUCGAUUUGUUUACCAGAAAUUGCAAUUUGAACGUCAACGAUCCCUGCCAUCUAUAUAACAAUGUCAGUAGGACAGCCAAAUAUAAAAUCCAGUGUACCUAUUUCCCUGGCUUGCAUUUCUUAAAAGGUUGAAGGGUCAACUUGAAAUUAUACCUUUAGUUCUCAGAAUUUUCUAAACAGACCUUCGCUCUUGAAGGCCAAUACUUUUUACUCCGUUUACUACAAAUCGAACCACCCAAAAUAUAUAUACAUAUUUAUACAUACAUCUCUAGAUCUAUGCUAAGAGUAACAAUUUCGUGUUUCUUGAUAUUAUUCGAGUUUCAAGUAAAUGGUGUCCCACGCUUACUGCCCCUAUCCGUUGUAGCUUUUUGUUGGUAAUCUCCCAUUCCUCCCCCGCCUGAGCCGAGAAAUUAUAGAACACUGUGAGUAAGAUGUCUUUGUAAAUUAUAUAAACAAAUAACGCAUAGAUUUAUGUCGGAUUCAAGUUGAUUAGUUUGUAAAUAAAUCUCAAUUAGUUUCA